AUGGGUAUGGCCGCUGCUGUUCCACCUCAAAAAAUUGUUAAGAAGUUUACCAAAAAAUUCAAGAGACACCACUCUGACAGAUAUAAGCGUGUUUCUGAAAACUGGAGAAAACAAAAAGGUAUCGACUCUUGUGUCAGAAGAAGAUUCAGAGGUACCAUUGAACAACCAAACAUUGGUUACGGUUCUAACAAAAAAACUAGACACUUAAUCCCAUCUGGUCACUACGUUUACAAUGUUGCCAACGAAAAAGAUUUAGAUGUUUUAUUAUUACACUCUAAAAAAUACGCUGCUGAAAUUAACCACAAUGUUUCCGCUAAAAACAGAGUUGGUAUUGUUGCUAAAGCUAAAAAAUUAGGUGUUAAAGUUACCAAUCCAAAAGGUAGAGUUUCUUUAGAAGCUUAA